ACUCACAUGCUGAAAUCUCCAGUCCAGGACAUACAUGCUUAAACACUUCCACACAUACAUACACACACAGACACGCAUUCAAGGGACUCGCUGACUGAGUCACCAUACACUCAGAGGCACAGAAUUACUGACUCACACACAGGACCAAACACAUACACAAAAAGAAAAAGGUUGUUUGCAAGAGUCAGAACUGUGUGUUGUGUGUGCUAUGGCCAAGCUGAGCAGCAGCUGUGUGUGAUCGUUGGAUACAUCUGAAGGGUCAACACAGCUGUAACCCCCUCGCUCUCCCCCCUAAGGCCCCUUCUCCUCCCCUCCCAUCCCUCAUCUCCUGGCACCGCCUAAACACACCAUCAUGUCCGAGCCGAGGACCAGGAGAACUCCCUCUGCCUUGUCUUUUCUCCCAUCCUUCUUCUCCCCAUUUCUAUCCCUCCUCCUCUCCCUCUGCCUCUCCAUUUCCCUCAAUCCGGCCUCCUCAUCGGCACAGCAGACUGUGCCUGUCAUCUCCACGGCGCAAGGCCGCAUCCGUGGCAUCCUGACCCCGCUGCCCUCCGACCUCCUGGGGCCAGUCAUCCAGUACCUGGGAGUACCAUAUGCAAGGCCUCCAACAGCGGACCGGCGCUUCCAGCCGCCCGAGCCUCCUUUGCCCUGGCCAGGAAUACGAAAUGUGACGCAGUUUGCUCCCGUUUGCCCGCAGUCACUAGAUGAAAGGAGCAUGCUGGGAGAUAUGAUGCCUUCCUGGCUCACAGCUAACCUGGAUAUAGCGGCGACAUACCUCACUCAUCAGAGUGAGGAUUGUCUCUACCUCAAUAUCUACGUGCCCACUGAGGAAGACAUCCAUGAGGAGGGGGGUCAGCGGCCGGUGAUGGUCUACGUCCACGGGGGCUCAUACACAGAAGGCACUGGCAACAUGAUGGAUGGCAGCGUGCUGGCAAGCUACGGCAACGUCAUUGUCAUAACCCUCAACUAUCGCCUAGGAGUACUGGGAUUUCUCAGUACAGGUGACCAGGCAGCAAAAGGGAACUAUGGCUUGCUGGAUCAGAUCCAGGCUCUGCGCUGGGUGAAGGAGAACAUUGCAGCCUUCGGAGGAGACCCAAGCAGGGUCACUGUGUUUGGAUCUGGGGCCGGGGCCUCGUGCGUCAGCCUGCUCACCUUGUCUCACUACUCUGAGGACCUGUUCCACAGAGCUAUCAUCCAGAGUGGCAGUGCUUUAGCCAGUUGGGCUGUCAACUACCAGCCCAGCAAAUACGCCCGUCAGCUUGGUGAGAGGGUGGGCUGCGGCAUCGACGACAGCACUCAACUGGUCGCCUGCCUUCAGGGCCGGAGUUACCGUGAACUUGUGGAGCAGAGCAUAACACCGGCCAAAUAUCACACAGCUUUUGCCCCGGUGAUUGAUGGUGAUGUUAUACCUGAUGACCCCCAGAUUCUGAUGGAGCAGGGAGAGUUUCUGAACUACGACGUGAUGCUGGGGGUUAAUCAGGGCGAGGGCGUGAAGUUUGUAGAGGGCAUUGUGGACUCAGAAGACGGUGUCACGGCUGAGGACUUUGACUUUGCAGUGUCAGACUUUGUGGAUAGUUUGUAUGGAUACCCAGAAGGCCGAGAUACAUUGAGAGAGAGCAUAAGGUUCAUGUACACGGACUGGGCGGACCGGGACAAUGCAGAAACUCGGCGGAAGACUUUGGUAGCGCUAUUCACAGACCACCAAUGGGUGGCGCCAGCAAUUGCCACAGCUGACCUCCACGCUCAGUAUGGAUCCCCCACAUACUUCUACUCCUUUUACCACCACUGCCAGAGUGAUGCCACGCCGCCCUGGGCUGACUCUGCCCAUGGUGACGAGGUGCCUUACGUGUUCGGUGUGCCCAUGGUGGGACCCACUGAUUUGUUCAACUGUAAUUUCUCCAAGAACGACGUGAUGCUGAGCGCUGUUGUAAUGACUUACUGGACCAACUUUGCCAAGACUGGUGACCCAAACCAGCCAGUUCCUCAAGAUACCAAGUUCAUCCACACUAAACCUAACCGUUUUGAAGAAGUGGCCUGGUCUAAGUACACCCCUAAAGAGCAGCUUUACCUCCACAUUGGCCUGAAGCCGCGUGUCAGAGACCACUACCGUGCCACCAAAAUCUCCUUCUGGCUCCAGCUGGUCCCUCACUUGCAUCAUGUCAACGAGCUCCUCCAAUCGGUGUCCUCCUUCACCCAUAGUCCCUCUCCACAGGAUGACACUCCUUAUUCUUACACCAAGCGUCUAGCCAAAGGUUGGCCGCCUAGUAGUACACGUCACCCAGGUUCACAAGCAGGUACUCCACAGCCGCCAGAGUCUGCUUUAGGCCAAGGUGGAGGGGAAGACGGGGUCCGCGUCCCUAAUGAAGACUACUCAACUGAACUCUCAGUGACGAUUGCGGUGGGCGCGUCACUGUUAUUUCUUAACAUCCUUGCAUUCGCGGCCUUGCUGUACAAGAAAGACAAGAGGCGUCUGGAGCAUCGUCGGCCACGUCCACUUCCUCCCCCAAGACGAGACAUCACACCUGCAGAUGUCGCGGCCCACCUGCAGGGGGAGGGACUGAUGUCUUUACAGGUGAAACAGCUAGAGUGUGAUGCGGCAUCAGCAGACGAGAGGAACAACACUCACCACCAUCACACUCUGGAUACGCUGGACGCCCUGGACGGGAUGGACACCCAGGACAUCUACAGCACACUGGACACCGUGCGCCUCACCUGCCCACCCGACUACACCCUCACCCUGCGCCGCUCGCCUGACGACGUCCCACUCAUGACCUCUCUGACCCCAGGAUCACUGCCUGUAACUCCUGGAUCACACCCUGUUACCCCGGCAACGCCGAUGACCCCCAUGACGCCUGGAUCAGUGGUGGGGAUGAGGAUGGGGCACCCGCACCAAGGAUACACACACCAUAGUCCAUAUAGUAAUACACACUUACCACACACACACAUCUCCACGCACACACACUCCACCACACGUGUAUAACCGCAGCAAGAUACUUGCACACACAGGGACAUAAUUACAACACACACACACACACACACACACACACACACACACACACACACACACACACACACACACACACACAGAACAAAGGACUUAAAUACCUCUACUAAUUAUCCUGCAGGAUUGUUACAGAUGGAGUGACAGAAAGACAUUUUCAGUAAAAGACAGACAGCUGUGUGUUGCACGUUGGGGAAUUGAAGACAAACUGGAUCCCGGGAGAUGCAGUUCUAUGCAUCAUUUGCUCAUAACCUCGAACAAGACGAGCCAAGACAUCCAACAAAUGUCUCAAACCCUGCUUUGGAUAUUAAAACUUCUGCUUUUUCUACACCUGAGGAGGAAGAGGAGGAGCGCUGUGGCAAAAGGGUCAGUUAUGGAUCAGUUUACAUCUCCUACUGUACCUGUGCUGCACAGUGAAGCAGUGCUGAGACUGAGCAGAUGCAGAACUGAGCUAACAAGUACUACACACACAGACUGCUGAUGUCAACUUGAACAACCUGUGAAAUGUGAAUGUAGCAUUUUUUUUUUCAUUAAAAGAUCAAAGGCCCUAUCUGCCAAGGAUCAAACUAAGCUGAGGAGAAUAUAACAAAAUGUCAGCAAGAGAUGGAUGUAAAGACAGGCAGAGAGGAAGAGGGGAUUAAAAAAACAUCAUUAGCUGAAGGAAAAGCUGGUCAGAUGGUGUGAAAGAGAUUAAGAUUUUAUUGCGAGGGAUUUAACAGUUGUGAGAGAGAGAAAGACAAAGUGAGAUAGAGUGAUAUGGAAAACAAAGGAAAGUGUGCCAAGAGAAAGAAAUUAGCUUCAGAAGAUGAAAGGGCCUCUGAAGUGUUGUCAGACUUACUGAAGAAUCACUUUAACCAGCUAUGUGUUAAACUCUUGUAAAUAGACUGGAAAGAUACAGAUGAUAUAUUAUGAUUUAUAGCAUUUACCUGCUCUUGCAUUCAAACAUGACUUAUUUAACCACAUUAUUGCUAUCAUUUCAUAUAUUACUAUAUUAUUGUAUAGGUGUCCUAAAGCAAGGCUGGUUGUCUUUCUAUCUCACCCACUGUAGUAUGUACACAGUACCUUUAUUUAAAGGAUAUAUUUGCUAUGCACAGUCAUUUCAAUAAUUCUUAACUGUGUAAACAUCUUGAUACCUGUAUAGUAGUUGAAGAAUAGGACAUUUUCACACCAUCCUGUCUAGUUGUUUGACCAUCGGAUGAUGAGCUAGUACUGUGUAGAUAAUGCAAAAUUGGUUUGAUGAUUGAGCACCAGCCAAAAACCAUGACCCUUAACCCUUUAAUCCUAAUCCCUUCCCGUUCUCCUUUCCCCCCUUGUUCCUAACAUUUCUCUUAAAGGCUUUAUCCUUAAUUGCUAAUAAACCCAACCUUAAUUAAUGUGUUUGCAGACAGACAGGUGGUGAUGAUUCAGGGGGUCCCAUGUCACAGCGUGUCC